GUGAUUCUCUAUGAAGAGGAAAUGGGGAAUCAUGAGAACACGGGGGAGAAGCUCCAUCUAGCCCAGGAGCAGCUUGCCUUGGCAGGGAACAAGAUUGUCUCGCUAGAAAGGAGUUUAAAUCUCUACAGGGAUAAAUACCAGACAUCCCUGAGCAACAUCGAGCUAUUGGAGUGCCAAGUAAAGAUGUUGGAAGGGGAACUCAGCGGGAUCGUCAGCCAGGAGCCUGAGAACAAAGGGGAUCAUUCAAAAGUGCGUAUAUACACUUCUUCCUGCAUGAUUCAAGAACAUCAGGAGACUCUGAAACGACUGUCAGAAGUCUGGCAAAAGGUCUCUGAACAGGAUGAUCUAAUCCAGGAACUUCGAAAUAAACUAGCCUGCAGUAACUCUUUGGUUCUGGAGCGUGAAGAGGCUUUGAUAAAAUUACAGGCAGACUUUGCUUCCUAUACAGCUACCCAUAGACAUCCUCCCAGCUCCUCAGAAGAUUGUGAAGACAUCAAAAAGAUACUGAAGCACUUGCAGGAGCAGAAAGACAGCCAGUGCCUGCACGUGGAGGAGUACCAGAACCUUGUGAAGGACCUGCGCAUGGAGCUAGAAGCUGUGUCGGAACAGAAGAAAAACAUCAUGAAGGACAUGAUGAAACUGGAGCUAGACCUGCAUGGACUCCGGGAAGAGGCCUCCGCCCACGUGGAGAGGAAGGACAGGGAGCUCACCUUUAUGCAGCGGCGGCUGCAGGAGCUACAGAUACAGUUCACAGAGACCCAGAAGCUUGGCUUGAAGAAGGACAAGCUCCUCCAAGAGAAAGAUGAGUUGCUGCACCAGCUAGAGAAGGAACUGACGCAGGUUCAGAACAAUCUCAUGAAAAAGGAGAUGGAGUUGGAGAAGAAGCAACAAAUGGCAGCAGAACUCGAAAAUGCCAUCCAGGAAGUAAAGCAAGAUAAAUGCAAAAUGGCAGAGUGUGUAUCCCUGAGAGCUGAGAACCAGAAGCUAAAAGACUAUCUAGAAGAAGCCCAACAGCAACAGAGACUGGCUGCACAGCAAGCAGCCCAAUAUAAAGAAGAGGCCAAAAUAGCACAGGGUAACCUGGAAGAUGCCCAGAGGAAACUGCAAAACUGCCUCUUCAUGGAGAAGCAGAAGGCAGACACCAUCCAGGAACUGCAGAGAGAACUCACAGCCAACAGGAAACGAGUAGAGGAGCUGUUGUCAGAACACAGUGAGAUGCUGAGGAAGCUUGAAAAUUCGGAAAAGGAAAGGAAACAGCUUCAAAAGGCAUUGACGGAGCAGGAAGCAAAAGUGAAUGAACUGCUAGAUCAUAUAAAACACCUGAAACACCAGAACAGGGAGCAAGCCUCCAACAUAAGCAAAUUAAAAGAAGAACUUCAGGAGAUAACAAAGUCACUGGAGGAGAAGCAGGAGCAGCUGAAAAAAUACAAAGAAAAGGAGAAGUUACUGGAACAAGAGUUUGAGAGACUCCAAGAGGAAGAGAGAAAGAAAGAAAAGAUGUUAAAGGAGAAUUUGAGAAAGUGUGAGGAGGAAAAUGAGAGUCUCCAAGGACAAUUAAGGCAAAGUUGUGCACAACUGGAAUCCUCUCUCUGUAAACUCAACACCUCCCAGCAAGCCAUCCAAGAGCUGAAUAAUGAGAUCACCUUUCAGAAGGAGUCCUUAGACCAUCUGCAGAUCCAGCUGGACAAGGCCGUGCAGAGAGAGAAGCAAAAUCUCCUGAACACAGUCAGUAAGGAUAUCUAUGAUGAGUUAUCCCGGAAAUCAGCCAUCUAUCAAGAUGACCUGGCACAAGCACUUGAUAAGCUGGAUCAAGCAAACUCAGAAACAAAAACCCUGCACCGAAGCUUGUUACAGGCACAAGGAAGAAGAAGCAUUCUGGAAGAUGAAAUCAUGGCUUAUGAGGACAGAAUGAAAAAGCUGAACACGGAAUUAAAAAAACUGCAGGGCUUCCACGAAGAGAGUGAGAUGGAGGUGCAUGCCUUUGACAAGAGGCUAGAGGAGAUGAGCAACCAAGUGUUGCAGUGGCAGAAGCAGCACCAGAAUGACCUCAAGAUGCUGGCCGCUAAAGAGGAGCAGCUCAAGGCAUUCCAGGAAGAAAUGGCCACCCUGAAAGAGAACCUCCUGGCAGAUGACAAGGAGUCCUGUUGCCUGCCCCAGCGGCCUGUGCCCAAAGAAACCUGUAGGCUGCACCGGGAGAAUGAUCAGAUUAUGUGCAACAUGGAGCAGUGGGCAAAAGAGCAAAAGAUCGCCAACGAGAAACUAGGAAACAAGCUCCGUGAACAAGUGAAAUAUAUCGCCAAGCUGACUGGGGAAAAGGACCACCUCCACAAUGUCAUGAUCCACCUGCAGCAAGAAAACAAGAAGCUUAAGGACGAGAUAGAAGAGAAGAAGCUGAAAACUGGGAAGCAGAGGCUGUGCACCAAAGUCCUGCACCCAUGCAAAAUGGAGUCCCCACCAAGGGGGAAAGGAUGUGGUGCCUUGAACUGGAGGGGGGCAACCCAGGAUGUGAGCCAUACCCUGGAGGUCCGCAAGAUCAUCGGGAUACCCCGCUGUCCAGGUUCUUCAUAUUGCUAGAAUCGGCCCCUUGCCCUGAGCACAUUUUCUACAUGAGAUUUUCAGAAGACAAUUGAGUUCCCAUCCCUCGCUCCUUACCUGGACCAACUCCGGUGGAAAUAUAGCAAGGCCCCUGCCUGUUUUCAAGCUACUAACACUUUAUUGAGUUUUGCCCAAUUCCUGCAGUGGAAUGAGCCAUGGCUCACUCCAGGCCCAAACUCUAAAAUAAAGACAUGAG